GCCAUCAUUUCAGAAUUUGUCACACACAAGUAAAUGAUCUAGCUUCCAUCAGUUGAACUGUAUAUCAUCCUACACAUGUGAUCAUAUGGCUUCUUUCUUUGUAUUGUACAUUGCAGGAACAUGAUCCCAUCAAACCUGAUUGAAGCAACUUUUCAGCAGUACCGGACAGAUUUGGUACCCAUUGUACAGAACAAUGACGCAAAAGUGUCUCAGGCCAACUAUGUAUAUGUCAUGCCCGAUUACCACAACCCUCGCCUGGGUCAUCCAGUCUUCCUGGAGAUCACCCCUGCACCUGACAUCAAGUAUAAGAUUGUCCCAAGUACAAGCAAAGGCAUGAAUGUAUUGGGGAUUGUCAUCUUCUCAGCUACAAUGGGUCUGCUGCUGGGGAAAAUGGGGGAACGUGGCACACCACUCGUUAAUGUGUGCCAGUGCAUCAACGAGUGUGUCAUGAAGAUCAUCAAUGCUGCUAUGUGGUAUUUUCCCUUCGGCAUUGUGUUCCUGGUGGCAGGAAAGAUCCUGGACAUGCACGACCCAGCCCAUCUGGGGGAGAAGCUGGGCAUGUACUUCAUCACUGUCCUGUGUGGUCUCUUCGUGCAUGGCCUCAUCCUGCUGCCUCUCUUUUAUUUCUUCUUUACCCGCAAAAAUCCAUUCACCUUCAUCAGAGGGCUGCUGCAGGCUCUUGUCAUUGCACUGGCUACAUCUUCAAGCUCAGCCACGCUGCCAAUCACUAUGAAGUGUCUCCUGGAGAACUGUGGAGUUGACCGGCAAAUUGCUCGAUUUGUGCUUCCAGUGGGAGCCACUAUCAACAUGGAUGGAACAGCCCUGUAUGAAGCAGUGGCAGCCAUCUUCAUAGCUCAAGUCAACGAGUAUGACUUGGACUUUGGCCAGCUGGUCACUAUCAGUAUAACAGCAACCGCAGCCAGCAUUGGAGCAGCUGGGAUACCUCAAGCGGGUUUGGUUACAAUGGUGAUUGUCCUGACCUCUGUGGGUUUACCACCUGCUGACAUCUCCUUGAUUGUAGCCAUUGACUGGGUGCUUGAUCGAUUCAGGACAAUGAUCAAUGUUCUGGGUGAUGCCUUAGCUGCUGGGAUUAUGGCUCAUAUAUGCAAGAAGGACUUUGAUAAAUCAGCAACCGCUGCUUCUGCUGCUGUAGCCAAUAAAGAACGGAGAGACACAGUAAUCUCCUUUGGCAAUCAGAGCGUGGCACUGUCUGAUGCUCCGCUGAUCACACAUCGCUGCGAUUAUGUGUUUGAAGUGGAUGGAGACAACGUGCUGGAGAAACCCGUGCCCUGCUACAACCUCUGUCAAGUCUGAGACACUUUUACACGAUGCCUUCUACAGCACGUAGAUGCACCUACAAAGGCACUAACGGAGGCUCUAAAAGUUCACUCAAAGCCUGUGCCAUGCAGAAACCUGUACUACUUGAUACAAUGUACAAAACAGCAUGUCUCUAUUCAGCUUUGCAUGUAGAGAGAUGUGAGGAGAUGCAUUUUAUUAAAUCUUGAAUGCCACAUUGUCUGAAUGCACUUGCAGACAGGAACAUACGUCACGAUGACAUGCAUUGGAUGGAGAUCAGUGUUUAUCAGUUCCAGGGGGACAAUUAAAAUCCACAGUAGACCCGUCAUAAUGAAACAUGACUGCAGUUUUAACUUAAGUCUAGGUUUUGAAAUGCCUUAACGUUGCCUCAUUUUUGACAAUAAUGCUGAGACCUUGAAAGACUUGAAUGUUAUAAGGAGCUAAUAGACAAAGAGCAACAGAACAGGGGCUUUCUCUCUGUUAGACAAGGUGUUUAUGCAUAAAUAUUAAAGCAAAAUUAAGAAAUAUACCAACAUAUCCCUAGCAAAUGAAAAUUAUAGCAUAAUCUGUGUUUUUAUACCACUGCUUUUAAUUUUGUGUUCAUUUCUAAUAAAAACCUGCUACAUACCAGUGCUGUGAAAGUUUUUAUUUUAAUAAUUAACCUCAGAGACUAUUAAGCUUAAGUAUAUGCAGUGCUCAUGAUACAUGCUGGAUUAUACUUGGCAAGGUAAAAAGAAAGUAUAGCGUCUGUCAGUUAUAAGGUUUUUACAUAAUCUGGUCCUUCAGGAGAUCUUAAAAUUCUUUGAAUACAACCUCUGAUGAACAACAACAUGGCAUAUUACAGUGUUAUUAAACAAAAAUUAAACCAAAAUGCAGAAGCAGUGUGUGAAAAACUAAGUGCACCCAGUGAUUCAACAGCUUGCAUAACCACCUUAAGUAGUAAUGACUUAAAAAAAUUGUUAUGUAUGAAUUUAUGUGCUCAACUUUCCUUUCCCCCCCUUUUUCCUAAGACAAAUAAAUAAUUCUGUACACUUAGCUUGAAAUUUAGUUGGAUUUUAUAGAAUAUUUCAUGCAAGAAAGUUGACAAGCACAAAAUAAUUGAUCAAAGCUGUCAUGAUAUUUAGGGCAAGAUUUAGUAAGUUUCUAGAAAACCUCUGUUGUCUACAAAAAGGCCAAUUGUUAGUUUUGUGACUGAAAGCUCCCUCUGGGGUAAUUAGCAUUGAAUGAUCCAACAGUGCACUGAUUUAUGUACAAAGAUGCAGUCACUUGAAAAAAUUACUGGUACAGGGCAGCAAAAAUUAGUGGCUCAGGAGCACAACUUAGGUCUUAAAAAUAAAAAAGUAUAAUCAAAGGCCAGGGAUUAUUCCCACACUCUAAACACAUUAACAGUUGGAUUUUGACAGACAUCCUCACAUUGAUGGGCAGCAACAAUUGCUUCUAAGAUCAUUGUAAGAUCAUUGCUGAGGUCUUUCCUCUUUGGCAACAUGAAUACCCCAAGACCAGCAAUUUGCCAAAACUUUGUACAGAGCUGCUUACCGUCUUAGUUCCUGUGGAAGCAGUAAGGAUGUGCUUUAAAUUUUCCACAAACACCAUUUCAGCAUUUUGGUUUAAUUUUUAUUAUUUAAAUAACAAAAAGACAAAGACAAUGCUUUACGUUUUGGUAAUUCGAAUUCAAAAUGGACCAUAUCCAUCCAAACCAAGGCCUGGGGAGUAAAAACGUAAAAUAAAACCACCAUUUCUGGCAUUCUUCUAGCUGGUUGUUGUUCAGGAUGAGCCCACGCACUGUCUUGUAUGCUGGUCAUCCUGUACCAUAUUUCACUGCCAAGAAAAGUUUUCACUUCUAGCUUUCAAACAUCAUCGCUCACAAGUGCGAGUUCUUCUGAAAAGGAUGCGAGUCUCAAAACAGAAAAAGGGUCCUGCUUGAAAUGACAAUUUGCUACAACUUAGCUAUUUAUAUCUGAAUAAAAGAGUUUUUAAGCAUUCCAAAGUUACUAAAAACAGAAUAGCCAGACUGGUUUCAAUUUUCUCUUUCCUUUCCAAGCCAUUUUGAAGAAGCUGUUUUUUUUGUUUUUUUUUUUGUUUUAAAUAUGUAUAGGUGUCUGAAAUUGUAUAUUCAUAUUCUACUUUAGAAAACUCAAUUUUUGGCUUUAAUUUUAAAGUUGAAGGAAAACUGAGACAAAGAGCUGCAGAAAAAAUAAGCUUCAGGAUAGACUCUGCUCACUGUCCCCACCAUCUGGUUGCAGAAGGUUCCAACUCCGAUCUACAUGUCAAGUCUACUAUUAAAUCACAUCUCCAGAUUUCCAAGAAUGUGCAACAAUACUGUCAUAUCACAGCAACACUAACUUCAGUAACAUGUACAUAAAAGUGCAAGUGCACAUCUACUCAUCUUUUUUCAAGAUAAUCACGUAGAUCAAAUCCACAACAAGCUUCUAAAUACACAUUUAAUUUUCCUUUAAUUUUUUUUUUUUUUAAAGCCACCAUGUUUUUAUUGAAAUGUUAGAAGACAUUUAACGGACUUCAGCUUAGUGUCAAAAGUGUUCAAAACCAAGAAAACAAAACAAUCCAUUAAAAACACUGCAAUAAGUAUCAAGUAUGACCACAAACACUGUCAAAUAAAUAAAUGCGCCUCCUCUGAUGUAAAAUACACUAUUUCCUCUUAUAAAUUAAGGCGGAAUGCAGUUUAUUUUCACUGCCCCUUAAACGCACUUGCACCUUUCAUGCAAACCAAACUAGACUGCCAACAUAACUACACAGUAACGUCAAUAGAAAAUUUUAUAUAUUUUUAAAAAAACCCAAAAUGACAGUCGAUGACUAUAACAAAUGUCUAUUACCUGCACUGAGCAAGUCAUGAAAUAUUGCACAAAGUUAAGGAUCCUGACACAAUAAUAACAACAUGGAGAUACUAAAUCAAGAUGCACAAUAAGACCAAAGUUUCAAGCUCACAAUGUGAGCAUUCCUUUAUGAUGGGCCAGACAAUUUUAACUAUAUUCUCAAGUGUCAGCUGAAUUAUUGCUGGGGAGGGAGAAAAACAGUUUUAAAACAGAAUCUGAAAAAUUUUGAACAAGUUUUGUAGCCAAGUAUAUUCUUAGAAAUACAUCUCCAAGUGUUAUGCUUUUUAACUCCUGCUGAGCUUGAAUCAGAACAACUGCAGCACCGAUGCUAACGGCAUUUUUAAAGAAACAUACACAAAGGUGGACAUAGUUCUUUUCUAACUGGGUGAGUCUUUUACUAAUAGGUGAACAAAGCCAUGUGGUAAAAAGUAAUCUCCAUUAAAGAUCAAAGCAGUGCGUUUGGUUUUAAAAGCCUAAAUCUUUGACACUUCUAGUUAAAAUAUGGAAACUAGCUUGUGUACAAUCACUAGUUUCAUUAGAUACCUACACUGACAAGUGGACAAUUUAGUGUGAAUACAAAACUAACAGCCAGAUAUUAAAAGCAGCUUCAUACAGCCAGAUGUCUAUUGAUGAUACUGAAAUCGGAUUAACUACAUGCAGCAAAACUAUCAGCAGUGCCAACAGACUGAUUCAGUUUGCUGCUCUUCUGCAGUUAAACUUGUGUCAUGUUUCAAAAAUCAUUGUGGAAAACAUCUAACAGAUGCUUACUUGCCUUAAAAUAUCGGUUUUGUUUAAGUAGCAUCAAAUCCUCUCAACCUACAUUGGUCCAUAAGUUGUUAACAUCUCAAAAGUGUAAAAGCUUCCAGUGAAGAAACUUUUGCUUGAUAAGUGUUAGGAGCGCUCUAAAUUUGCUACCGAGGGAAAUAAAACAAAACUGAAAAACAAUUCUAAAAGGGUAAAUAAAAA